CAGUUAGCAAAUCAAGAGAAAGUUAGUGGAGAGUUUUAACAGUAUUAAAUCCUAAGUAUUAAUAUAAUACAUAUGUCUAAUCAGGAUGAUGUUCCCCCGCGAUAUGCUGAUACUGGUGCUCGUCAAUCAAGAGCUCGAAUGGAAUAUGAUUAUGGGGGCAGUGCUUCACAGUAUGGUGAUGCUUAUGGUGAUAGAGUUGGAAGAUCAAAUCUUGGAUAUGGCAGUGGCAGCCGAAGUUCUAUUUCUGGUCAAGAAUCACACGGGAUGUACAGCAGUCGGCAGGGAACAGGUUAUGGUGGAGGAUCUUAUGGUGGCAGUGAUGUUGGAGGCAUGUACUCGUCAAGUUAUGGUGGUGAUUACGUUUCUCGUGGAAGUGAUGUUGGCGGCAGCUCAUAUUCGUCAAUGUAUUCUGGCAGAGGUGCCGGCGGCGGUAGCAGUUACAUGGGCAGCGGUGGAUCUGGAUCUUAUUAUUGAGGGCUGGCGAAGGUUGGACAUUAUGGUCACCAGUGAAUUUGUCUAUUAACAGAUCUAUUAUAAUAAAGUGGCUGCCAUAGGAUGACGGCCUUUGAAGCUUAUGGAUGUUAUGAAGCCUACAAUUUGGAGACAAAGGAACAUUGCUAUUUAUAGCAAUAUAUUUGGGAAUUUGUCGCAAAAAAGAGCGUCAUGUCAAUCCAAGCUAUCUUGGGUCUUCUCUGGAUGGGAUGUAAUAUAUCAGUUCUUGAUUUUGUGCUGUAUGGAGUCAAGUUAAUGAGAGACGGAAAAAGAAAUAUUUAGCAGUGAUGUGUAAUCAAACCUUGAUUUAUGAUACCAUUUAUGGGCAGAUAAUGUUAAAGAUUUGUCACUGCUCUUCCUUUCAUUUGGACAGAGACCAAGGCUAGGGAUGCCUUCUUGUUUGGUUAAGGAUUAAUGGAAUUUUUAUCUGCUGAAUUUAUCAAAAAGUUGGUUCUCUA